AUGGACAUCGUGCCGCCGGACUGGAUGCCGACGAGCUCGCCAUGGCCAAGCCACGGCCGCGCCGCCCUGCCCGCCACGGCCAAGCAACGCCCGCGCCGCCCGCCACGCCGUCCUGGCCGCCCUCGCACGGUCGCCGCCUCACCCCGCGCCCCUAGCGCCGCCCCAUGCCUCGCCGCAUCGCCACGAGCUCGACGGCCUCCUCCGCGCCGUGGAUUUUGCCCGCCGCCCGCGCCAUGGCUUGCCCGGCUCGUGCGCGUCGCCGAAACUCGCCGCGCGCACGAGGCUGGUCGCGCCUCGCCUCGCCAACUCCGCGCGGGGCCGGGGCCGGCCACGCCACGCUGCCGCGGGCGCCGGCCGCGCGGUCACGGGGUCGCCACGCCAAUGCCGCGCGGGGCCGGGGCCGGCCGCGCCACGCCACCGCGGGAGUCGGCCGCGCGGGCACGGGGGCUGGCGGCGCCUCGCCCCAUCGCCGGCCUCGCCAAGCCACGCGGGGGCUCGCGCCUUGCCGCGCCUCGACGCUGCCUCGUCGGCUGGCCUCGCCACGACGCGAGCGCCUCAACGCCGCCCCGUCCCUGCCGCGCCUCGGGCCGCCGCCGUCCCGAGCCCGCACCAUCUCGCGCCGCGCCUCGCGCGCCCGAGGCCGCGGCUGCGCCCGCGGGGUAG